AUGAGCGACCACGAGGAGGACGUCGGCGCGCUCGCGGCCGCGCCCGUGGCCCGCACGGAUAGCAGCGUCUACUUCUCGGAUGAGACCUUCGAGUCGCUGCCGCUCUCGGAGCCGACGCAGCGCGUGCUCAAGGAGAUGAACUUUGUCAAGCUCACCAAGAUCCAGUCCAAGUCGAUCCGCCCGCUUCUCGCUGGCAGCGACUUGCUCGGCGCCGCCAAGACGGGCUCGGGCAAGACGCUCUCGUUCUUGAUCCCGUCGGUCGAGCUUCUGUACAAGGUCAAGUUUACCGCGCGCAAGGGUACCGGCUGCAUCGUCAUCUCGCCGACGCGCGAGCUCGCGCUCCAGAUCUACGGCGUCGUCAAGGAGAUCACCAAGUACCACACGCAGACGCAUGGCAUCGUCAUGGGCGGUGCCAACCGCCGCGCCGAGGCCGAGCGCCUCGUGAAGGGCGUCAACAUCCUCAUCGCGACGCCCGGUCGCCUCCUCGAUCACCUCCAGAACACCAAGGGCUUCAUCUUCCACAACCUCCAAAUCUUCGUCAUUGACGAAGCCGACCGCAUCCUCUCGAUCGGUUUCGAAGAGGAGAUGCGCCAGAUCAUCAAGUGCAUCCCCAAGACGCGCCAGACGAUGCUCUUCUCGGCCACGCAGACGAAGAAGGUCGAGGACCUCAUCAAGGUGUCGAUCCAGGGCACGCCCGUGUACGUCGGCGUCGACGACGUCGAGAGCGCGGAGGCGACCGUGCAGACGCUCGAGCAAGGCUACGUGGUCACGCCGAGCGACAAGCGGUUCCUGCUCCUCUUUACGUUCCUCAAGAAGAACCUCAACAAGAAGGUCAUGGUCUUCUUCUCGAGCUGCAACGCGGUCAAGUUUUACGGCGAACUGCUCAACUACAUUGACGUGCCGCAGAACAAGCGCACGACGACCUUCUUCCAGUUUUGCUCGGCCAAGAGCGGCAUCCUCCUCUGCACGGACGUGGCGGCGCGUGGUCUCGACAUCCCGGCGGUCGAUUGGAUCAUCCAGUACGACCCGCCGGAUGAUCCGAAGGAGUACAUCCACCGUGUCGGCCGUACGGCGCGCGGUGCGACGGGUGCUGGCAAGGCGCUGCUCAUGCUGCUCCCGGAAGAGCUCGGUUUCCUCAAGUACCUCAAGGCGGCCAAGGUCGCGCUCUCCGAGUAUGACUUUCCGACCAAGAAGGUGGCCAACGUCGAGAACCAGCUCAUGAAGCUCGUCGAGAAGACGUACUACUUGCACAAGAGCGCCAAGGAGGCAUACCGCAGCUACCUCCUCGCGUACGCGUCGCAUGGCCUCAAGAACAUCUUUGACGUCGGCACGCUCGACUUGCCGGCGGUCGCCAAGUCGUUUGGCCUCACAGUCCCGCCCAAGGUGACGCUGCCGGUCAAGACCAACGGCAAGGAAGGCAAGCGCAAGCGCGAAGACAAGUACAGCAAGAGCGGCCACGCGUUCAGCGCCGAAAACCCGUACGGGAAGCGCGCCAAGGACGACAAGCGCCAGUUUGCCCAUUAG